UUCACUUUAUGAACCUCACCGUAAGAGACGUGAACGACUCUCUUCAUACGCUGAAGUACAGACAGUCACGGUCCCUUGUUCAUGAGUACUGGGAUAAAGCAGGCUAUACAAAUGUCCUAUUUGGGCACACUUUAUAUUAGGUGUGUUAUGUACAUAUAAUAAUAAGGGAUGGAAUCUAGCAUCAGUCUCCUGUCCGAGAAGCACUUCCUGUGCUCUCUGUGUGAGGACAUCUUCAGCAACCCAGUGACAACACCCUGCGGACACAGCUUCUGCAAAACGUGUCUGCGCGUGCACUGGAGCCGCAGCGGGACAGAUGAGUGUCCGCUCUGUAGGAGGGCCUUUGGCUCCAGACCACAUAUCAGUGUGAACCGCAUACUGGCGGAUGUCACUGAAAACUACAGAAAGACACGUUUGGCUGCUAAAUCGAAGUUCUUUAGUAUGGAUGAACUCCAGGAUGAACCUAAAACUGCAGGGGAGGUGGAUCAAAUGGUUCAGGAAAGAGUUCAGAAGAUUGAGAAACUUCAGAGUUCCUUAAAGAUCCUAAAGAGCUCAUGUCUCCGAGAGGUUCAGGAAAGUCAGAGGGUGUUUUCUUCUUUGUUGAGCGCCUUAGAGAAGAGCCAUAAACUGGUAGUGGCAGCAGUUGAGCAGAAACAAAAAGAGGCGGAGAAAAGAGUUGAAAGACUUGUAAAAGACCUAGAGAAAGAAAUCCUUGAACUGGAAAAUGGACACACCAACCCAGAGCACUUGAAUGACAAGGAGCGUCUUAAAAAGAGCUUCAGUCAUAUACCUCAAGCGAUGAGAGACUGGUCCAAAGUCACACUGGAGACUGAUCCUUGUGUUGGCUUCACCAGCCAGGCUAUGGUUGACUUCAUGGAUACAGUCACAGUGGAAGCUAAAAGACUUUCUAAAGCUGAACUGAAGAGGCUGCAGAAGUACUCAGUUGAUAUUAAUCUGAAUCCCCGGACAGCUCACGCUUACCUCUACAUCUCUGAGGACCGAAAGGAGGUGAGACAUGCGAACAAGAGACAAGAAGUCCCAGAGAACCCCAAGAGGUUUGACCGAGUGGCCAAUGUAAUGUCUAAGGAAGCAUUCAGCUAUGGAAGACACCUUUGGGAAGUGGAUGUUGGGGACAAAUCUGACUGGGAUUUGGGCAUAGCCAAACAAUCUGCCAACAGGAAGGGAAAAUUCACAAUAUGUCCAGCCAAUGGCUUCUGGACACUUAGCUUAAAGAAUGGCACCCAGUAUGUUGCUAACACUUUCCCUCCAACUUCCUUUAGCCUCAGUCAAAAGCCCAAAAAAGUGUCUAUUUACCUGGACUAUGAGGAGGGACGCGUGUCUUUCUAUUGUUUGGAUACCGGGACUCAUAUCUACACUUUCAAAGAUACUUUCACAGAUAAGCUCCACCCCAUCUUCAGCCCGGGACGACCCCACGGGGAAAAGAACACUGCUCCCCUUAUCAUCAGCAGCAGCUGUUGCAGCAUCUGAAACA